GUAAAAAAACAGAAAUUGCAUCAAACGCUGUCCUCUGUGCUGAGUUUGACGACAAUAACAAUAGAGGAAACGUGAAAAUACUCGAAUAUAAAGACGACCCAGCGACUAAAAACAAGGGAAACGUCCGUCGUUUUUUGAGUUUUCUUCAGCUAACGCAACGAGGCUGAGCUUCAAAAUGGGGCGUAUCUUCUUGGACCACAUCGGUGGGACUCGCCUCUUCUCUUGUGCCAACUGUGACACCAUCCUGACCAACCGAGCGGAGCUCAUCUCCACCCGCUUCACCGGAGCCACUGGCCGGGCUUUCCUCUUCAACAAGGUUGUGAAUCUGCAGCACAGCGAGGUGCAGGACAGAGUCAUGCUGACGGGGAGGCACAUGGUGCGUGAUGUCAGCUGCAAGAACUGCAACAGCAAACUCGGUUGGAUGUACGAAUUCGCCACAGAGGAGAGCCAGCGGUACAAGGAGGGCCGCGUCAUCCUGGAGAGAGCGCUGGUGAGGGAGAGCGAAGGCUUCGAGCACAUCCUGACCGACAAUUCCUGAGUUCAUUUAUAUUUAUCUGUGGAUACCAAAGCUUUCCCUCCAGCAGCAGCAGCAGAACAUGGACUUGCAUUGAUGGUGUUCAAUUUUUCCCUACAGCUACACCAAAAUAUCACAGGCUGGGUGUUUGUGGGAACAACUAACAACAAGGUGUUGGAUAUUUUUCAAUUCUGAUGGGGAUUAUUCAUCAAAGGGCAAAUAAAGUUGCUUUUCUUCCCAUUUAAAAAUCAUCUUCAUGUCCAAUAUGUGAUGAGCAAGUGUAGCUGAGAUGGUGGCUGCUGUCAGAUGAAGAGAUGUGGCUCCUGCAGCCUUACAGGAGGCUCAGAUUUCUGUGUAAAGAUAAUGCGGUGAAUCUUGGGUCUAAUUUGUUUUAAGAGUGAGUUGUUAAACUUUAUACUGCAAAAGAAUCAUUUUCUACGAAGUGUUCAAUGUGAUGCUUUGCUGGAAAUGAUUAUAUUAAGUAUAUAUUACCGUAUGGGCUUAGCUGUGCUAGAGAAUUACCUUUAAUAAAAGAAUUAUUAGUUGAUAUAAAAUGUUAUAAUUCAGGUUAUUUUCAUUCAGACAGGUUAGCAAUUUAAGCCUGUCACUUACUUUAUUUUAUCUAUUAAAUGACAAAAACAUUAUUGCGGGGUCUUUACCUUUCCAUACCUAUUAUUUGACUCUAUAAAUAUAAAUAAACCUGAAUUCAGUAAAGUUGAUAUGACAUGUUCUACAGAGUUAGAAAUGCCAAUAUUUCACUACAGACCUUUAUCUAUCCAGUUUAUUUUCCUUUAUUUAACAAAGCAUGAUUUUGUUUCGUGUUUUUCAGACUUGUGGUAUGUUUAUUUGCAUAACAAUAAAGGAUUUCAA